AUCCUUUACAGGACGAGCCAGAGAACGGUGCGUCUCGGUGCUCAAGCGAUAACCUUUCGCUUUUUGGUUUUCUUGUUUAUCCAUCUGCAGUUUGGGAUAUGUGUUUUUGCUGAAGCCUGAUACAUCUGCAUUAGAAGGAUGCAGGGGCCCCUUCUGCGUGUACUUGUGGUGGUAGCAGGUCUGAUCUUCCCUAAGGAGCACAGUGUCAUUCUGGAACACGAUGACAUUAUAAACAGCAUGCAGGAGCGCGAGGGGCUGCUUCUGAGGGAGCGAGCCAGGCUGGAGCAGGAGCUGGUGGUGGUGGAGGCCAUGGCGGUGAAGGACCAGCCAGAAAGACCGGAGAGUAGUCAUCUUCUGCAAGCAAGGGACCAGAAUUUAGGGCAGAGUCAUGCGGAGCCACACCUGUCGGACCACGAGGGACAGGCCGUAUUGAAAGGGAAUUUUUCGGCAGAAGGUAAGAAGGAGACGAACGAGUCCGAGCCUCCAGACCAGAAAUAUUCCCAAAUGGAAGAUGCCGCACAGUUAGAGGAUGAAGAACCGUCAGGUUUCAGUGAGGAGUUCCCCCCGCAUCAGGAAGUGUCGACGGAACACCAAGGUCUUUCCCCUGCGGAGCGUGAAGCAGAGAACGGAGAACUGGCAGAGGGCGAGCUUGAAGUGCCCCAAACCACACUGUCUGAAAAUGUGGAGGCUCAGGAGGUGAAAGAAGGGAGGCAACCAUUUCAUAAUGACUUUAGUGAUCCUGAAGAGAACUCAAAGGGAUUUGAGGAUCAAGAUGCAUCUCACAGUGCAGAAAAAACGUCCCAAAAUGAGCAGCAACUAGAUACUGGUGUGAGAAGAGGGUCACAGGCGAAACCUAAACAAAGUCAACCUUCCACUGAUGGUAACUACAUGUGGUACCUCUGCAAUGCCUACUCCAUAUUCUCCCUCAUCCGCAUCCUCAUCAGGUUCCUAAGAGGCAACUCACUGGACCAGGAAAUGCCCGAAGCACCACAACAUGACCCCCAGACUGCACCCCCCAUCACUGCAGAGGUGCAUGUCCUGGACCAGGGGACUCUGAUGGGCUUCUAUGAGCGGUACGUCCACGUGCCCCCCCACGAGAGCCAGAGGGUGUGUGAGUUCGUGGAAGGCUUUGUGGACGACCUCCUGGUAGCCAUUAGGGAGAUUUCUAGCGAUCAAGCCGGCGUGGAAGUGGAGGAUUUAAUCGAGGUCGGCAGCCUCUACGAGUCCUGGUGCACAGGGAGGACCUUGACCUGUGACCUCUGGGUGUCCAUAUCCCCCCGCGAGCCAAUCAGCUUCCAGGUCCAGCUGUUGAUUGACAAGGAUGAGAAGGCUGCCAUGCGAGGCUAUGGGAAGGUUAAGAUGCUAAAAGGUGGGCAAAGCGCUGCCAAUGGAUGCCCAUGCAGUCAGGCCAGCGAAGAGAGCGACAUGCUCUGCCUGCUUCAUACCAACGACAAGAGGGAGGACAAAAGGGAUGAGGUCACAGAGGUCACAGACGGCCCUCUGUGCUGUGAGAACACCCCUUACCUGUCGAGAGCCCACGUGGCCAGGUGGUUCCGAUCUGCCGUGUGUAAAGCCUGGGAGCAGAUGUCGCACAGGUACGAACUGGAGCUGUCAUUCCAGAGCCAGGAAUCGCCUGGUGCUUUGAGCGUCCGGUUCCGUUCGGGGAGGACGAUCCAUUUCAAUGUCACGCCUGUGGUGAAGUUGGAAGACACGGAUGUGUGUUUGGUUUCCUACCUAGCCUCAAAGAGGAAGGACGGCACACCAGAAGCCCAGUGGCCGCUCUCGUUCGCCCGUUACGAGAGAAACCUCCUCAGGUAUCUCGGCAAGCGCCUUCCGCAAAACGCCUGUCACCUCCACUGCCUACAGAUCCUGUCCUUCCUGAACAAGAAACAGAUCUGGCUCACAGGUGAGGGUAACCUUUCAGGCCACCACCUCAAGACGGUCCUGCUGCAUUUACUGUUGGAGAAAAAAGAGCCGUCGGAAUGGGCCUCAGACCACUUGGCCGGCAGACUGCAGGAAAUGCUGGGCUUCCUCAAGGGGAGCCUACAGAGACGACGGCUCAAUCACGCUCUUGUCGGUAAUCCUCUGGUGCCACAAGAGGUUGGGCUCCCACCAAAUAUACGUCAGUCAAAGCCCAUAAAUAUUUUACAGCCACUCUUGGACCAUGGGCAUCAGUACACCAGAACAGUGCAGCACUUUGAGGAAAUGCUGAAGAACAUGCCUGUGCUGAUACAGGAGUAUAUGAACAUUCAGCAGAAGGUGGAUUCCAGCUCAUAAAAUGUGAUUUAGACAAGACUGCCAAAAACUGUGAACUCACAUGUUAAACCCAGUGUUGUAUUGAGGCAAGAUUCAGCUGCAGGGUUAUCACUGUGGUUUAAUGCAUCUUCAACUCUAAAGCACCAUGUACUUACAUGAAAGCGAACAUGGACAUUUGGCAUCAUUUAGCCCUACAAACAGUGUUUCCUCCUAAACCUCUCUUCUAAAUCUCAGUUAUAAAAGCUCCUCGAUCUUUGAUUUUGAUUAAUUGUUUUGUGAUGUAUUGUAUCCUGUUCCAUGUGUUUCCUCUAUUGAUGUGCUUUAACCUUUGAAUAAAAAAAGCUCAGGU